AUGCGAAGCGGCCAACUCGAGUUUAGAAAUCCAAGUGAGAAUUUUUUUUAUUUAUUCUAUUUAUUGAAUUUUCCAACUUUGCAGUUGAUAUUCGAAGGAAUACGUGGAUACAGUUACACUGGUGAUAUUGCUGUUGACAAUGUGGUGCUGAAAGAAUGUGGCGGCGGGGCAGGAGGAGGAGGAGGAGGAGGAUGUGCCUUUGAGUGCAAUUUCGACAAAUCGAUGUGCAGGUUUGUUCAAGACAAAAAUGACGUAUUUGACUGGACGCGAAUAAAAGGGAGAACUCCGUCGUUGGGUACAGGCCCUUCCGCUGACCACACCGGAAAUGGAUCAUACAUGUACAUAGAAGCAACGUACGCUAGCCAAGGUGACAAUGCAAAACUAAACAGCCCCAAGCUGCAAUUUGGUGGAAACAUGUGUCUUAUGUUCUAUUAUCAUAUGUAUGGUGCAGACAUUGCGACGCUAAAUGUGAUGAUUAAUGGAAACAAAGUUUUCACCGCAAGUGGGGAUAAGGGCAACAUGUGGCUGAGAGCAGCUGUAGAUGUGCAUGUAUCGGGAAUGUACGCGGUUGUAUUUGAAGGGAUACGGGGAAGCAGUUUCCGCGGUGACAUCGCAAUAGACGAUUUCCGGCUGGCUCCAGGGAGUUGUCCCACAAUAAGUCCAUCGACUCCAGCAACCACCUCGCUACCCACAAGCCCACAAUUGCAAGUCUUUCGUUGUACUUUCGACCAAUCAAUGUGCGGCUUUGUUCAGGAUACAAAUGACACUUUUGAUUGGACGCGAAAUCGGGGAAGUACUCCGUCCUCUCCAACAGGACCGGAUUACGACCACACUACUGGAAGUGGCUACUAUAUGUACAUAGAAACAUCAAGUCCUCGAGUGGAAGGCGACAAUGCAAUCCUUGUCAGUCCCAAGUUGUUAUUUACUGGGAAGAAGUGUCUUCAGUUCUACUAUCACAUGUUCGGCGCAAGUAUGGGGAAAUUAAACGUGUUCUUAAAUGGAGCAAGAGUCUUCUCUGCGUGUAAGGAUAAAGGAAACAAGUGGCUUAAAGCGGAGAUAGAUGUAAAUUUAUCGGGAAUGUACGAGGUUACAUUUGAAGGAAUAGUGGGAAGCAGUUACACAAGUGACAUCGCAAUAGACGACUUCUUGUUGGUUCCAGGGAGUUGUUCCUCGACUACUCCUCCACCACGUUCUUGUGGCAUUCGUCCUCACACAAGGAUUGUUGGUGGUGCUAAUGCGAAACAUGGCGACUGGCCUUGGCAAGUUCAGUUACGUACCACAUCAGGCUUUGUUUAUUGUGGGGGUUCCCUGAUCUAUCCUCAGUGGGUGCUUACAGCGACUCAUUGUGUCAAGGGAGAUCCACCAAGCUCUGUUGUGAUAAGAGCUGGUGAGUACAAUAGUGCUAGCGUUGAUGGAACUGAACAGGACAUCAAAGUAGUCAAAGUGAUAACUCAUCCAUUGUACCACAAUCCUGUGCAAUACAGUAAUGACAUUGCCUUACUCAAAUUGGAAAAACCAGCCACGCUAAACAGGUACGUAAAUCUGGUAUGUCUUCCCCAUUCCGUCCCCGAACCAACUGACGGUACCAAGUGCUGGAUCACAGGCUGGGGCAGACUUGCUUCCGGUGGAGCCACUCCAAACAUUCUUCAGCAGGCUCAGGUUCCGAUAGUCAAUCGCACCCGCUGUGAUAAAGCCUACCCAGGAAAGAUCCAUGACUCCAUGAUCUGCGCGGGCCUGGACCAGGGUGGAAUUGACACCUGUCAGGGGGAUAGUGGAGGACCGAUGGUGUGUGAGACUGGUGGGAAGUUUUACCUUCAAGGCGCCACCAGCUGGGGCUAUGGAUGUGCUCAACCUGGCAAGUUUGGGGUCUAUGCUAAAGUGAAAAACCUGUUGCCAUGGCUUAACAAAGAGGUGUCCAACAACUGACCUUAACUAACCGGCGAAGGUUUCUCGACGGGAUUUAAUUUUAAACUUUCUUCUCCCAGUAUGUGAGGAAGAAAAACGAAUAAUCUUGGGGAAUUAAUGGUGAAUAAAAGCAUUGAAAAGAUA